CACCUGUGAAAAUCAUAUAGGGAUUCAUCACCGUUUCUGUCAGAAAUCCUAUGUGGAGAAUGUCAGUCACUUCCUCUGUUGAACAGAGUAUUAAACCAAACGGAGUUGAUACCUACGACAGUGGUGAUGAUUGGGAGAUUGGUGUUGGUAAUCUAAUAAUUGACCUGGAUGCUGAUUUGGAAAAGGAUCGACAGAAAUUGGAAAUGAAUCGUAUUUUGAGCAUAAAAAGCACCGUGGAGGGUUGUGAGGAUCUGGCGUACAAUUGUGCAAACGCAGCCGCUGUAUUAGAUGGCCUUACAAGUCCCUCCGCACCGCCUGCUGUUGCCCGAGGAAAUUUCUGCAAGGAGGCGAAGAAAUUCAAAGAGAAAAAGCGAAAUUCUUCGAAUGACAGUGAUAAAUUCCCCUCGCUUGACACACUGGCUGGAAUUCCGAAAGUAUGCAUUGGUAAACGACGGGAGGCUCAAGGACGCCCCAGAGAGGCAUUUGAAAUGAAUUCAGCACCGGACCAAGGGAACAGCAACCCCGACACAAGUGAUGUAACCGUUUCUUGCGCCAAAGGCAAAGAGGGGAAGAAAGGUAAAAAUCAAGGCAAAGGACUAAAAAAAGAGAAGGAUUCUCUCCGGACACGGAAAGAUAAGCAUAGUGAUGCACCAACAGGCUUUGAAUUCGGCCCGAUACCAGAGAAUGGUUGCGCUUUCGGAAGGAAGGAGAAUCCAUGCUAUUGUGGAGACAACGGACUGGGAGACAUCAACAGGGGCGGAAUGGACGCUGGGAUAAGGGGUAGUGCUAUUGUUGUUGAAAAGGCUGAAGAAAUCUGCUCACCAGAACACAGUCACAAAACGUUAAGUAUAAAAACCAGGUCAGUGGGGACCAAUACCCAAGAGGCUGAAAGAAACAUUGAGCCAAACUACAUGGAGCCGUGUCAGCCAGGAACAAGUGUAAAUCUGGAAGGGAUCGUAUGGCAUGAAACAGAGGAGGGAGUCCUUGUGGUGAAUGUUACAUGGAGAAAAAGGACUUAUGUGGGAACCCUCUUAGACUGUACCAAGCAUGAUUGGGCCCCACCUCGGUUUUGUGAGUCCCCAAUGAGUGAUUCUGAAAUGCCAUGUGGGCGUGGACGUGGUAAACGGAUGCGAUUGGCAGUGUCAGAUCAGCCUAUCGUAGAACCUGGUCUCUCCAAGAUAAGAGGGCUAACACAUAAAAGGCGUGGUGUGGGCAUAGGUAACAAAGGCAGACGAGGAAGUUUAAAUCUUAGUACCUGCAGGACUCCUGCAUACUAUUCAGUGGAGGACAUUAAGUCAAAUCCACUCAUAUGUGGCAAAAGGAAAAGCAAAGGCCCGGCUGAUCUAGAUUUAAGUUUAGUUUCAGAGGAUGUUAGAAAUGGAAAUGGGAAAAGAAUACGCGCCAAGUCCAGGAGUGCUCCUUCAACUCCACAGGGGAAAUCUGAUCCUGCAUUUCUGGACCAAGUAUGCGCCUCUCCAAUGCUAAUUGACUGCCCACACCCUAAUUGUAAUAAGAAAUACAAGCAUAUCAAUGGACUCCGCUAUCACCAAUCACAUGCACACUUGGACAGUGACAGCAAACAGGAGUUUGAGGCUGAGAGUGAGGACAGACUGUCUGAUUAUGAGGAAUCACUCAACAAUGUGGCCUUUGACUCCAGUGAGAAUCUUGAUAUUAUUUGCAAGAAGCCAAGGACCAUUUAUAAGCUUAAUUCAGGUGGAUCUCCAAAGAACAGAAAGCUAUUGCUCAACAUUGAGCACAGUCCCACAGUAAACUCUAAGCCACGGAGGAAUGUGGUAGGCAAAGACGGGCCUAUUGAUGACCUUAGCAACCUGCCACUUAUUUCAAACAUGUCUGUGGUCCUUGAGAACUGCCUCAUCACUGAUCGUAACUCAUCUGUAGAGAUGCCUAAGCUUGAAGCCGAGGGUGUCAUUGAAAAGAGAGAAGUUAAAAAAGAAAAUGGAAUUACUGAAAGGUGUUCAGCCAAAGCACGGACCAACAGAGUUAUUGCUACUACUCCUACACCCCCAAAGCUUAUUGCAAUUCCCACAACAUUUCCUGCCAAAGUCACAGAUGUUAAUUCAUAUCAACCUUCACCAACUGUUGCUCUCACAAAGGCUAAGAACCUUACGCUGAAACCUAUCAAGCCAAAGUUGGACAUUGCUGCUCAAGUAAAUAUGACAAAUGCUACCAUAGUUUUAAAUAAAGAAAGUAAGAGAAAGGAUAAGCACAGAUUAAAGGAUAGAAACUGUAAAGAUCCAAGAAGUCCAAAAACUGACCCUGUAUUCACUAAGGCAGAUGACACAAAAAGUAUAGGAAAAGACUUUCCUGUUAGUCUGUUGAAAGAACAUUUGAGCAAACAAGAUGUUGGCAAUGGUCCAAGUGAAACUCAAGAAAGUCGAAUGGCAAGUAUCAGAGCUGAAGCUGACAAGGUGUACACAUUCACUGACAAUGCACCUAGUCCCUCCAUUGGGAGCUCUGCAAGAAUGGACUCUGGCACACUUUCAAAUGGAGACAGUAAUACUACUAAAACAAACAGUCCAGCGUACUCAGACAUAUCAGAUGCAGCUGAGGAUGGUGGAUUAAAUUCAAGAUCCAGGAGAAACUCAGCUCCUGAUUCCAGUCUAAAUGGUAAUAUAAACCCCAAAAUUCCCUGCACAGUAACUCCUGUCACUCCAGCCCUGGUUAAAGAAACUCAGUCAUCAACUCACAACCAUGGAUAUGAAACGUAUGGUCUUCCAGGCUAUAUGCAUUCUGGGCAAAGCAACCCUGCUGCUUACCUUAAGGUAGCUCCAUCUUAUAGUAGAACUAAGGAGGAUCUAAGAGAGGUAAAUGAGGACCUGAAAAACUCAGAGUCAAGUGCUGAUUCCAGUUCCCAGUCACAGCUUCAGUUAGCUAUGACCCAAUCACAGACUGCUUUAGCUCAGUCAUUGUAUUAUGGACAGUACACUCGAAAUGUCAGCAUAGACCAGAAGGUUCUGAUAGUUCCAAACACCCACAGGCAGCAGAAUGAAACAUGCUGUGAUGAUUUGCAAUACAGCAAACAGAACAGAAGUCAAGCUAGACGUGGACCUGAGCAGAAAGAGCGAAUAAAAGAGGAAUCAAAACAGAUGAUAACUUCAUCAAUGGCCAUUCAUAAGGGGGCAAACUCAGUAAAAAUCAGCUGUGCAAAACCCGGUUUCAUCUAUGUAGAACUGGACAAGCAGUUAUCACUUCAGCAGCCACAAGUGAAGUCUUCUCUCAUAUCAAUGACAAAAGACCAGGGGCAUAACCAGGAGUCUGAAGACUUCAACCCAGAAAGUCAAAAUACAAAAACAAAUGUGGACACAAAUGUAACAUAUCUGAAUGCUUCAGAAUCACAGUCCUGGAGCCACUCAUUUCAGUCCAAAUAUGUGAAGCAGCAAAAUCAAGAGGUAAACAAGGUCUCUCAGGAAAUUUGCCCAGACAAGGUGAAAGACUGGCACAUUCCUCCUGAGCCAGAGCCCAGACUGGAGGCUGAGAUUCAAAAUAUUAAGUGUGAUACACCUUCUGAGGACAUGGAGGAGAGUACUAGAGCAGAAGUUGAGGAGAUGCCCACUGAAAUAUCUGAAGACUCACAGAGUGCAAGAGUGGCAAUAUCAUCUUCUCAACAAUCAUACAUUCAGUACCAGCCACACUACCCAUAUCUACACCUGUGUGAGACAAACAAUGCUUCCUUUAGAGUGAUGUCGCCAGCACUGGUGCACAACUACCCAGGUUUCCAUUACCCUCUGUAUGGGAAGACAGCUGGGAGAGAGGACCCAGAUGGGAACCAGAACAGCAAACCAGUUACUGACACCACAGCCCUGGAGCUUCUGCCCCAUCACAACCAUUCAUGCCAUGGCAAAUCUCCUGUGCCUGGAGAGCGGGGAUCUCCAGAUGAGGACAGGGAGACAGAGAGAGAGAGAGAAGCUGUUCCAUUCGCACACCACCUUCACACGCAUCAUCACACUCAUCUGGGCAUGAGUUACACUCUUGUGUCAGGGCAGUAUGACCCAUUUCAAGGUCUGAGUACAGCCGCACUGGUUGCCAGUCAGCAAGUGGCAACCACACAGACCACUUCCUGUGAGAAUGAUGGGAAGAUGUGAGUCAAAACAAAAUGUUCCUGGCUCACACACAGAUUCAUAGACAUCAAUUCCAUGGUGUUAUUCAUUGCCUCCAUGGGAGGCAGAAACUACUUUCAUUUUUUUUUUAAAUUAAUGAAUGUAAUAUUAAAGGAAACAUGCAGCGCUAAUAAUAUUAUAGAACGAUGUAUAGGUAUGUAAUGGUAAUGAGAUGGUGAGAAAAGGCUUUGCAAAAUAGGAUAUUUGCUUUUUGGGUGCCUGUAAUAAAAGACAUGUAAACCUUUCUGUAAUAGGAUUUCGCCUGUAAAUGGCUGCAUCUAGAUAGUUGUAUGCACAUGUAUUGUUGUGUACCAUAAUAUUGAAUGUAUUUGAUAUUUCAUGACCUCUAUGUGGUAAAGGAAGAUUUGCAGUAGAUUACAAGUGACUGUAUGGUGGAUCUGUCUGCAUUAACCUAUUAACAUGAAUAUACUGUUAUUAGCCAGAGCCAUUAAUCAACUGUAUCAUAUUAAGUAAAAUGAAUUAAUCAACACACGUCAAUUUCAUAUAGUAUUAUUGUGAUGUACAUUUUGUACAUAGUUUAAAACAUCUUAACAGCAGUUAUUACUAGCUUAUGUACAGUCAUUUUCAGUGCAAUGUAUGGUUGUCUGUCUCACCUCACAUACAUGACAAAAGUAGUCUUUUUGGUUACUUGAGUAGUGCUGCAUUAACUAAGUAUGUUUACAAGUACAUCUUUGAAAAUACGAGUCAGUGCUGUAGUUUGGUUUGUCCUUACUGUCAUAGUUUUUCUUGAUGUCAACUAUACAGUAUCAUGAAAUUACAGUUGCUUUUUAUACUGUUCUUGCCUUAACACAUUUGUCAAUCCAAAUAAAAAGUAAAGGUUGUUUGUA